AUGGCUCCUUCAAAGUCUCUGCCCGAGGAACCCUCUGAGCUCGAGUCAAUAGCCACAGAAUCCGAGCAUUUAUCGUCCUCAUCGAGCGAUGUCGAAGAGUUCCCAAAUCCUACACCAAAACGCAGACGAAUCGCAACACCCAGCCAGACCCACGAUCGAUCCUCCUCGCCCUCCUCGUCAUCACCACCACCACCAAGGAAACAACAGACAAACGUGGCAGGAACUCCUUCACUAUCGCGAGUCAAACCUGCGCCCCAGCCGACUGAUGCAUUUCCUCAUGUACCAUCUACUACACGACAUGUUACCUCGUCCCAUCCUAUGCCUACCACGUUCUCUUCCCUCUCGAUCUCACCCUGGCUAAUAUCAUCUCUGCGCGCCUUGUCAAUCACACAACCGACGCCUAUCCAGGCAAGCUGUAUACCUGCCAUUCUGCAGGGUCGAGACUGCAUAGGAGGGUCAAGAACAGGCUCUGGAAAGACGGUGGCGUUUGCCGUUCCCAUCCUACAACAGUGGUCCGUCGAUCCUUUCGGAAUCUACGCCCUCGUCCUCACCCCGACGCGAGAACUUGCUCUACAAAUCUAUGAGCAGUUUACAGCUCUGGGCACGCCUCAGAAUCUCAAGACAGUGUUGGUGACAGGUGGGAGUGACAUGAAAGCGCAGGCCGUGGCAUUAUCUCAACGACCUCAUGUCGUUGUGGCAACCCCGGGUCGAUUAGCAGAUCAUGUUUUACACUCGGGGGCCGAAACAAUCGCUGGUCUUUCGCGAUCCAGGGUGGUGGUGCUCGACGAGGCCGACAGACUUCUGGCAUCAGGCCCUGGAUCCAUGCUUCCAGAUCUUAACACCUGUCUCUCAGCGUUACCCCCGCCCUCUAACCGACUCACCCUUCUCUUUACCGCUACAAUCACGCCUGAAGUCAGGGCACUGAAAGAUGCUCCCCGAGGGAAAGACCGACUACCAGUUUUUGUUUCAGAGAUCGUCGACGCCGAUGCACAUCCAGGCGCGUCCAAGUCGGAAGGAAUUGGCGGCGUGGGACAACCAGUCGCCACACCGAGCCUCCUCCCGCCCACCCUUCGACAGACCUACCUUCAAGUACCCAUGACACACAAAGAUGCCUUCCUUCAUGUGCUGCUGACGGUACCGUCGUUGAGCUCGCCGUCGAAAAGUAGUAAUGUACCGCCGUCCAUCAUCAUCUUCACCAACCGAACCGACACAGCCGACAUUCUCCACCGCACGCUGCUACAUCUGUCCCACCCAGUGACAUCCCUGCAUUCGUCACUGCCUCAAAGCCAACGGUCUAGCAACCUAGCCUCGUUCCGAUCGUCGAAAUCUCGCAUCUUGAUUGCGACCGACGUGGCCAGCCGUGGAUUGGAUAUCCCGACAGUAAGCUUCGUGAUCAACUACGACCUGCCCCGGAACCCGGUAGACUAUAUUCACCGGGUAGGACGAACGGCAAGAGCCGGGAGAGAAGGAACUGCCAUCUCGUUUGUUGGCCAGAGGGACGUGCAGCUGGUGCUGGCGAUUGAGGAAUAUCUUUCUCGGGGAGGCGAAGACAGUGCCCACCACACUGAAGAGGGCGGACGGGGACAAGAGAAAGAAAAGGCACGUAUGGAAGAGUGGUCAGAAGAAGGAGUUAAUGUGGAGACGAGAGUGAUUCGAGGGAGGACAUUGAAGGACGUAGCCGAAGCGAGGAUGGAGGCGUUGAGGGAGGUGGAGCAAGGGAGAGAUGUGAGUGGGUGGAGAGGGCGAAGGAGGAAACAAAAGGCCGACAGGGCUUGACCGGCCAAUGGAUUUUUCUUUUUGACUUGGGAUGAAUCAACAGGACGUGGGCGACCAACUUACACCUGCAUGAGACGGACGGAAUGCAGGGAUAG